AAAUGGCUGCUAUGUGUUUGUCUUGUUUUGAGCAGUAUUCUACGCGAUUAAUAAGUGAAUUAAAUCAAAAUGUGUGCAAUAAACAAUGAAAUACCAGCAACGUAACAGAUCAAAUAUAGAAAUUGUGUUAUAAACUGACGCGUAUCCCUAAGCAAUAAUGUCUGUCGACAAAGCUGCUGAUAGUAAAAGCAAGGAGAUCGAUAAAAUCAAACGUCGUCAUAAACCUGACGACACUGUUGUUGCAACAGGGUUAUUUAAUGGUAGUGAAGAUACGGUUCGUUUUGCAAAAAUGGAAAAUCUAAAUGAUAAGACAGGGAAGCCAACUGAAUUAUACCUUCAAGGGAACUCCCAUCUCAUAUCAAGUACCACCAGUAGUUUGGCUGAUACUCCUGGAGAUUCUGGUGUGCAAUGUUUGGACAGUGAUAAUUCAGAGGCAACAAUCCAAGCUCUAAUGUCACAUAGUUUAAUUGGUGCUGAAGAGUUAGCCUGUGAUAGUAUAUACGAUGCUGCUCCUUCUGGCUCACAGGAAAUGAUAAAGAGCACUAACAGUAGUAUCAUGACUCGAAGUGACAUAGAUAAUCAAAAUAUAGGCGCCCCAGAUGAUAUUGUACCUGAGCUCUUGGUGGAAACAAAUAAAAAGCCUGUAUAUGACAAUUUACCAGAUGUUGUUCUGAAAGCAUUAGAAAGUGAGAAAGUGUGUACAGAGGAAGUAAAAAAGUCUGCAUUAAGAACCAGUGAGCCAAAGAAAUCACUAUCAGAAGACAUUGUGUACAGGAGGAGAUGCAGGAAGAAGUCUCAAAGUGGACCUAGUUCACAAAAAAAGAGAGUAUCUUUUCAUGAAGACAUAUUAAACAAUACCAAAACUGAUAACAUCCACAUUGAGCGAGGUUUUAUAUCCUAUGGCCCAGAUAGUGCAUAUUGUGAUAGGUUUAGACAGAAAAACAAUGCAAGUGAUCGGUUUUCCUGGUGUGCUUCAGGGGACAGGUCUCCAAAGUAUGCAGCAGAUGUGGCACAGCAAACAAUGUCAGAUAUCCUCACAUAUGGCGAUAGCAAACAGGAUAGGAGUGGAAUCUUUGAAUAUUGCCAAGACUUUGGAAAACGCAACCAAGACAGCAAUGGUAAUAAAGACAAGGACAAUAACAAUGAAACUAGGCCAAAUGGAAAGUUGUAUGGCUGUGAUUCCAAUAGUUCAGACUCAAAUUUUAGUUGUGAUUCUGAAUCAUCCAGCAGUGAAUCUUCAUCCUCCAAUUCUAAUAAAACUGAAGCUCCAGUAGGUAAUAGAAAGUGUGAAAAAACCCAAAAAUCACAUUCAUGUGAUGAAUUUGAAAACAAUGGUCAUGUAGCCUUUAUGAGAAAAACUUACUUUUCUGAAGCUGAUAUAGAUCAAUCUCAUGAUCGGAGGAAGCAACCUCUUGAAGUGCCCCAGAGUCCUAUUACUGUGAAAUCUGUUUUGAAAAAGAAACGAUACAUCACAACAAAUAUUGUUGAAGAAAGGAAACAAAACAGUAAAGUGUUAAACCUUUUGGAUACCAAUAAUCUAAUUGACUCUUUAAAAAAUUUCUACAAAAAUUUCAAUUUUAAUUUUGCUCCUGAAAAAGGAUUGCCGGAAAAUAGCUUUGAAUUAAAUAAUGUAAUUGAAGCAUUACCAUGUGAUGUGAACAAAAAUAAAAAGCUUUCCAAAAGUCUAGAUUCUGGAUUUCAAAUUGAUGAUGAAGAUGAUUUUGUAGAGAUAAAUCUCAAUUCUCAAUGUUCAGAUGUAGAGAAACCAAAGGAUAUAUUAACACCAUCCAAAAAUCCUGUGAAACAUGAGAGAACACCUGAGGGCUCACCAAGACAUAAACUUACACUUAAUAUGCAAGCUCAAAAUGACAAGAAAUCUCACAUUAAACCUGAAGCUUUACCUCCUCUAAGCAAAUAUGUUGUAAAUUGUGAAAGUACAGUAUAUGAACACAAAGGUGUAUCAUAUAGUUAUGUACAUGAUACAUUCCAAACAGCCUUUGAGGCUCCAAAAGAAUCAUUUGUUCCUAUACCAGAAUCUACACCAGUGAAUGAAUUAGUCAAUAGUUCGAGUAAAUCAGACUUCAAUCAAAAACCGGAUGGCGAUUCUUCCAGCAGAACGUCUACGCCAAAACGACAAUACAAUAAAAAUGUCCAAGAUGAAACUGAGCAAAAGAAUGGUGUUUCCAAACAUUUGUCGUCACCGAAAAAACAAAAUGUUAAUAGAUACAGCCGAAAAUCCGCAUCAACCGUACAGAAAAAUGACGAAACGCAGCAGGCAAUUAGCGAUAAUUGUUCCAACACAGAUAACUCGACCUUGAAGGGUGCGGAUGAUUUCAAUGACGAAUUUUUCGACAGCCCAUCAAAUCAAAAGUUGCAAUGUAAUAAGUCAGCUCUAUUAAACAGAUAUUUAAAGAAUGUGUGUCAGAGAAAAGACCUUGAAUUGAAAAUAAGGAACAAUAAGUUUUAUCAGACCAAGUUGCGGCUAGAAAAGCAUUUUCCAAGUAUCAUAUAUCCGUUUAAAGACGCGUCGGAAACAUACCACAUUUCCGCCGAACGGAUGUCCCGUCUCAUUGACAAGGAGGUGAUAGAGAAUAAAAGGCUUUCUGUUAGAUUGUUGACGGCCGAGGAGCCCUCGUACUUCGACAGCUUCGAGGACAAUGUCGCAAUCGAAUGUAACGAGAAACUCAGGCUGCAGAUAUUUUCACAUCCCAAUGAAACAUUGAACAGGAUGAUGAAGGUGCAAUCACCGUAUAACAUGGAAGAUGGAUCGUGGACCCCACUUCUUGUUUUCAUAACGGACUACGCUCUCUACGUAGCAAGCGUUAAAUCCGGCGGAACCGAAUACGACAUCUUAUGCAGAUUACCACAUAACGAAUUAGAUGCGAUUGCGGUCGGUCCCGAGGCUCAGUACAUCCAAAUAAUCGACGUAGCUGGCAACAUCGCCUGUUCGGUUGUCACCGGCGAGUCGACGCUCGGCGCGAGGCUAGCGUCAUCUCUGGAAUGGAGCGCGCGAACUUCGCCGCUACGUAUCCCCCGCCCACCCGCAAUGUUGCCGUUUAAUUGUCACCAUUUGGCCUCAGCUGUGACAAGACAGAGGCAUGAAAAACGGGUACCGCCCAUACUAUUCUAUGGGCGCGCGUGCUCGGGCGACGCGGAGGACCGGCUCGUGGACGCGCCCGGCGCCUUCGCCCCGCCGCUCGAGGGCUACCUCAUGUGCCGCACCGACAGGGGACGCCGCUUCGAGCCCUGCUACUUUUUGCUGCGAGCGGGCGUACUCCACUGGGGGCCACACUCUCCCGACGGUACACCCCUACCAAAUAACAUAGCGUUGAAAUCCGUAGUGGGUGUACGGAGACACGUGGACGCGUCAAAACGGCCGCAUUGCUUCGAAAUAGCGCUAAACGAUUCUAGUAGACUGCUAUUGGCAGCUCCAGAUGAUCCCACUGCGUCGUCGUGGUUGCAGUCCUUGUUGUUGCACGCGGCACAGUCACUAGAAGAAAAAGACGCGCCAAAGAAAGCCGACCCGCGUACAUGGCCCCCACCAGCGUGCACGGUACUAGUGACACCAUACGAAGUGAUCAGUUUACGAGAUACAUUGGAUCUCGCAUUUGUAGCAGGAGCUGCUGCGUAUCUGAAGGAUAGAGGCUCAGAGGCGCUGCUUAAAGAGUAUAUCGAAGAAAUGAAUGCAGAUAUCGAAAUAUUGGCGUGCGGCUCCAUCAAGAAUUUGACGGCCUUUAAAAUACCGGACACUGAUGAAAAUUGGUGUUGUUUGGAAUGGAGUGUAUGCGAAGCUCGCGAGCGAGGCGCGGGGCUGGCACUAGUGUUGUCGAGCAGUAAUGAGCUCGAGAGGCUCAUUGCUGCUGUGGAACGAGCGUACUGCGAUCUUACGAGUGAACCUUUCCCACUAAGUGUAGUGGAGGCCUCCAAGUCAGCGUGUAGUGCCGCACAUGCAAAGUACGAAACCGCGUGGUCGCAUAUGUUACCGUCUCAUCAAUAAAUACCAUAAUAAUAAUUAAAAAUACUCUACAAAACAUAAUAAUUAGCUUCGCAAGUUCCGAGGGAAGUAACAAAUAGAUAGACUUGAGGUAUGUAUCACAAGAUUUGAGUCAAAUUAGAGUUGUUCACAAGGUUUUAAGUCACAAACUAAGCAUGUCAUUUAAUUGUGAUUUUAAAAAUUUUGAGUUAUAUAGUAUACUAUUUAUAUUUUGAAACUCAACGUAACUUACAAUUCAGUAAAAACAUGGUUGGCAAGAUGCGACACGUCACAAAUGAUUGUCAUUAAUAAUGUUACUCUAGUCGUGUCUAGAGAGUCGUGUAGACUAUAG